AUGUACGAGGAGUUCUUACAUCUUCAGCAGGGGUUGUCAUCUGUGGUGGAAUACCGCAAGCGCUUCCUUGAGCUCGCCCGUUUUGCUCAUAUGUUGGUUCCCAUCGAGUUGGUAAAGGUGGAGAAGUUUGUGGCGGGGCUCAACUACGAAGCCGGGAAAGCUUUGACUGUAAGCAAGCCUAGGACGCUGAAUGAGGCCUAUCUGAGUGCAGCAGAUCUGUAUCGAGUGCAACAGCUUCAGUGUGGGUCUUUUGAGUUUGCCAAGAAGAGAAGUAAAGGAAGUGGGUCCUAUAGUUUCAAGAAGCCGACACAAGAUUUCAGAGCCAGACCCGCGCUUCCUCCGUCUCAAGGAUCGACUCAGGUCAAGAGUGGAGAAAAAGAGAGGCCUUUCGGAUGCAAGAGAUGUGGGAAGGACCACAUUGGGAAGGAUUGCCAAGGGAACGCGCUUCGGUGCUACAAGUGCGGGGAAAGGGGCCACAAAGCCUUUGAGUGCCGUCUAAAAUCCAACCAGAGAGCCUUGCCACCUGGCACGUGUUCCAGUGGACCUUCGGAGGGGAGUUCCGGUUGA